AUGAUGCCCCAGAAGAAAAGGCGGAGGAAGAAGGACAUCGACUUCCUGGCCCUGUACGAAGCGGAGCUGCUGAACUACGCCUCGGAGGACGACGAGGGGGAGCUGGAACACGAGUACUACAAGGCCAGAGUGUACGAAGUGGUCACAGUCACGGGGAAUGUUCGCGGUGCAGGGACGGAUGCCAAUGUCUUCAUCACGCUUUUUGGAGAGAAUGGGCUCUCUCCCAAGCUCCAGCUCACCAGCAAGAGCGAGUCUGCCUUUGAGAAGGGCAACGUCGAUGUGUUCCGGGUGAGAACCAACAAUGUGGGCCUCAUCUACAAAGUCAGGAUUGAGCAUGACAACACGGGCUUGAAUGCCAGCUGGUACCUGGACCAUGUGAUUGUGACCGACAUGAAGAGGCCUCAUCUCCGUUACUACUUCAACUGCAACAACUGGCUGAGCAAGGUGGAAGGUGACCGCCAGUGGUGCCGUGACCUGCUGGCCAGCUUCAACCCCAUGGACAUGCCCAGAGGUAAUAAGUAUGAAGUCAAGGUAUACACUGGUGAUGUAAUUGGUGCAGGGACAGAUGCUGAUGUCUUCAUCAAUAUUUUUGGAGAGUAUGGAGACACAGGGGAGCGUAGGCUAGAAAAUGAAAAGAACAACUUUGAAAAGGGAGCUGAAGACAGGUUCAUCCUGGAUGCCCCGGAUUUGGGGCAGCUGAUGAAGAUCAAUGUUGGCCACAACAAUAAGGGGGGAUCUGCAGGUUGGUUCCUGUCCCAGAUUGUCAUUGAAGAUAUUGGGAACAAAAGAAAAUAUGACUUCCCCCUUAACCGCUGGCUGGCCUUGGACGAAGACGAUGGCAAAAUCCAAAGGGAUAUCUUAGUGGGCGGAGCUGAGACCACAGCUAUUACGUAUAUUGUCACCGUCUUCACUGGGGAUGUCCGGGGGGCUGGUACCAAAUCCAAAAUCUACUUGGUCAUGUAUGGGGCCAGAGGGAAUAAGAACAGUGGGAAAAUCUUCCUGGAGGGCGGCGUGUUUGACCGAGGCCGCACGGACAUCUUCCACAUCGAACUAGCUGUCCUCCUUAGCCCCCUGAGUCGGGUCUCCAUCGGGCAUGGCAAUGUGGGUGUCAACAGAGGCUGGUACUGUGAGAAGGUGGUGAUUCUGUGCCCCUUCACUGGCAUCCAGCAGACCUUCCCUUGCAGCAACUGGCUGGAUGAGAAGAAAGCAGAUGGGUUGAUUGAGAGGCAGCUCUAUGAGAUGGUGUCUCUCAGGAAGAAGCGGCUGAAAAAAUUCCCUUGGUCCCUGUGGGUCUGGACGACUGACCUAAAGAAAGCUGGUACCAACUCUCCCAUCUUCAUCCAGAUUUAUGGGCAGAAGGGGCGGACAGAUGAGAUUCUCCUGAAUCCCAACAACAAAUGGUUCAAACCUGGCAUAAUGGAGAAGUUUAGGAUUGAGCUCCCGGAUCUUGGCAGGUUUUAUAAGAUUCGAGUAUGGCAUGAUAAAAGGAGUUCUGGUUCUGGAUGGCAUUUAGAAAGGAUGACCCUGAUGAACACUCUGAACAAGGACAAGUACAACUUCAAUUGCAACCGCUGGCUGGAUGCCAAUGAAGAUGACAAUGAGAUAGUGAGGGAAAUGACUGCAGAAGGCCCAACAGUGCGCAGGAUCAUGGGCAUGGCCCGGUACCAUGUGACUGUGUGCACAGGUGAACUUGAAGGUGCUGGGACCGAUGCCAACGUCUAUCUCUGCCUUUUUGGUGAUGUGGGGGACACGGGGGAACGGCUGCUCUACAACUGCAGGAAUAACACAGACCUGUUUGAAAAGGGCAAUGCUGACGAGUUCACUAUCGAGUCUGUCACCAUGCGGAAUGUGAGGCGGGUGAGGAUCAGACACGAUGGCAAAGGCUCCGGCAGCGGCUGGUACCUGGACAGAGUGCUGGUGAGAGAGGAGGGGCAGCCUGAGAGCGACAACGUGGAGUUCCCAUGUCUCAGGUGGUUGGACAAGGAUAAGGACGAUGGGCAGCUGGUCCGAGAGUUGCUACCCAGUGACAGCAACGCGACACUGAAGAACUUUCGCUAUCACAUCAGCUUGAAGACUGGGGAUGUCUCUGGGGCCAGCACGGAUUCUAGAGUCUACAUCAAGCUCUAUGGGGAUAAAUCUGACACCAUCAAGCAAGUUCUUCUUGUCUCUGACAACAACCUCAAAGACUACUUUGAACGUGGCCGGGUGGACGAGUUCACCCUCGAGACCCUGAACAUUGGAAAUAUCAACCGGCUGGUGAUUGGGCACGACAGCACUGGCAUGCAUGCCAGCUGGUUCCUGGGCAGCGUUCAGAUCCGUGUGCCCCGUCAAGGCAAGCAGUACACCUUUCCCGCCAACCGCUGGCUGGACAAGAACCAGGCUGACGGGUGCCUGGAGGUGGAGCUGUAUCCCAGCGAGGUGGUGGAGAUCCAGAAAUUGGUCCACUAUGAGGUGGAGAUUUGGACAGGAGAUGUGGGUGGCGCAGGCACCAGUGCCCGAGUCUACAUGCAGAUCUAUGGAGAGAAAGGCAAGACAGAAGUGCUCUUCCUCUCCAGCCGCUCAAAAGUUUUUGAACGGGCAUCCAAGGACACAUUCCAGCUGGAGGCGGCCGACGUGGGCGAGGUCUACAAGCUCCGGCUCGGGCACACGGGCGAAGGCUUCGGGCCCAGCUGGUUUGUGGACACCGUGUGGCUGCGGCACCUGGUGGUGCGGGAGGUGGACCUCACGCCGGAGGAGGAGGCCCGGAAGAAGAAGGAGAAGGACAAGCUGCGGCAGCUGCUCAAGAAGGAGCGGCUGAAGGCCAAGCUGCAGAGGAAGAAGAAGAGGAGGAAGGGCAGCGACGAAGAGGACGAGGGGGAGGAAGAGGAGUCGUCCUCAUCAGAGGAGUCCUUGUCAGAGGAGGAGGAGGAGGAGACCGAAGAAGAGGAGGAAGAGGAGGAGUUUGGGCCAGGGAUGCAGGAGGUGAUUGAGCAGCACAAGUUCGAAGCCCACCGCUGGCUGGCCCGGGGCAAGGAGGACAACGAACUUGUUGUGGAGUUGGUGCCAGCUGGCAAGCCGGUCCUGAGCGUAAGAGGGGCGUGGGGGGGGGGAAACACCUAUGAGGUCCAGGUGGUCACUGGGAAUGUGCCCAAGGCCGGCACUGAUGCCAAUGUCUACCUAACCAUCUACGGCGAGGAGUAUGGGGACACGGGCGAACGACCCCUGAAGAAGUCAGACAAGUCCAACAAAUUUGAGCAGGGGCAGACAGACACCUUCACCAUCUAUGCCAUUGACCUGGGGGCCCUAACCAAGAUUCGGAUUCGCCAUGACAACACAGGCAACAGAGCAGGCUGGUUCCUGGACAGAAUAGAGAUUACUGACAUGAACAACGAGAUCACGUACUACUUUCCAUGCCAACGUUGGCUGGCAGUGGAGGAGGAUGAUGGCCAGCUGUCCAGGGAGCUGUUGCCAGUGGAUGAGUCCUAUGUGCUGCCACAGAGCGAGGAGGGUGGGGGAGGCGGUGACAACAACCCCCUCGACAACCUGGCCCUGGAGCAGAAAGAUAAAUCUACCACAUUCUCAGUGACCAUAAAGACUGGGAUUAAGAAGAAUGCGGGCACAGAUGCUAAUGUCUUCAUCACACUCUUUGGCACACAAGAUGACACUGGAAUGACCCUCCUGAAGUCCUCCAAGACAAACAGCGAUAAGUUUGAGAGGGACAGCAUUGAAAUCUUCACGGUGGAGACGUUGGAUCUGGGAGACCUGUGGAAAGUCCGGCUUGGCCAUGACAACACAGGCAAGGCCCCAGGCUGGUUUGUAGACUGGGUAGAGGUGGAUGCCCCAUCUCUUGGGAAGUGCAUGACGUUUCCCUGUGGCCGCUGGCUGGCCAAAAAUGAAGACGACGGGUCCAUCAUCAGAGACCUCUUCCAUGCAGAGCUUCAGACGAGACUGUACACGCCAUUUGUUCCUUACGAGAUCACCCUGUACACCAGUGAUGUCUUUGCUGCUGGGACAGAUGCCAACAUCUUCAUCAUCAUCUAUGGCUGCGAUGCCGUGUGCACCCAGCAGAAGUAUCUGUGCACCAACAAGAGAGAACAGAAGCAGUUCUUCGAGAGGAAGUCUGCCUCCCGCUUCAUUGUAGAGUUAGAAGAUGUGGGAGAAGUCAUUGAAAAAAUUCGGAUUGGCCAUAAUAACACGGGCAUGAAUCCUGGGUGGCACUGCUCUCACGUGGACAUCCGCAGGCUCCUCCCGGAUAAAGAUGGUGCAGAGACCUUGACUUUCCCAUGUGAUCGGUGGCUUGCCACCUCCGAGGAUGACAAAAAGACCAUUCGAGAACUGGUUCCGUAUGACAUCUUCACUGAGAAAUAUAUGAAAGAUGGGUCCUUACGGCAAGUCUACAAGGAAGUAGAAGAGCCUCUGGACAUUGUGCUGUACUCGGUGCAGAUCUUCACAGGGAACAUUCCUGGGGCAGGGACGGAUGCCAAGGUAUACAUCACCAUCUAUGGAGACCUCGGGGACACUGGGGAGCGAUACCUUGGCAAGUCAGAGAACCGGACCAACAAGUUCGAGAGAGGAACGGCUGACACCUUCAUCAUCGAGGCCGCUGACCUAGGCGUCAUCUACAAGAUCAAGCUCCGCCAUGACAACUCCAAGUGGUGCGCAGACUGGUACGUGGAGAAGGUGGAGAUCUGGAAUGACACCAAUGAGGAUGAGUUCCUGUUCCUAUGUGGGCGCUGGCUGUCCCUGAAGAAGGAGGAUGGGCGACUCGAGAGGCUUUUUUACGAGAAGGAGUACACUGGGGACCGCAGCAGCAACUGCAGCAGCCCGGCUGACUUCUGGGAGAUCGCCCUGAGCUCCAAGAUGGCCGAUGUCGACAUCAGCACAGUGACCGGGCCCAUGGCUGACUACGUUCAGGAGGGCCCAAUUAUUCCCUACUAUGUGUCGGUCACCACUGGGAAGCACAAGGACGCGGCCACUGACAGCCGAGCCUUCAUCUUCCUCAUCGGGGAGGGUGAAGAACGUAGUAAGCGCAUCUGGUUGGACUACCCCCGAGGGAAGAGGGGCUUCAGCCGUGGCUCUGUGGAGGAGUUCUACGUCGCAGGCUUGGAUGUGGGCAUCAUCAAGAAAAUAGAGGUUCUCUAUGAAAUGACGGUGUGGACAGGGGAUGUGGUUGGUGGGGGCACUGACUCCAACAUCUUCAUGACCCUCUACGGCAUCAACGGGAGCACGGAGGAGAUGCAGCUGGACAAAAAGAAAGCCAGGUUUGAGCGGGAGCAGAAUGACACCUUCAUCAUGGAGAUCCUAGACAUUGCUCCAUUCACCAAGAUGCGGAUCCGGAUUGAUGGCCUGGGCAGUCGGCCGGAAUGGUUCCUGGAGAGGAUCCUGCUGAAGAACAUGAACACUGGAGACCUGACCAUGUUCUACUAUGGAGACUGGCUGUCCCAGCGGAAGGGCAAGAAGACCCUGGUGUGUGAAAUGUGUGCCGUUAUCGAUGAGGAAGAAAUGAUGGAGUGGACCUCCUACACCGUCACAGUUAAGACCAGCGACAUCCUUGGAGCAGGCACUGAUGCCAGCGUGUUCAUCAUCAUCUUCGGGGAGAAUGGGGAUAGUGGGACACUGGCCCUGAAGCAGUCGGCAAACUGGAACAAGUUUGAGCGGAACAACACGGACACGUUCAACUUCCCUGACAUGCUGAGCUUGGGCCACCUCUGCAAGCUGAGAGUCUGGCACGACAACAAAGGGAUAUUUCCUGGCUGGCAUCUGAGCUAUGUCGACGUGAAGGACAACUCCCGCGACGAGACCUUCCGCUUCCAGUGCGACUGCUGGCUCUCCAAGAGUGAGGGCGACGGGCAGACGGUCCGCGACUUUGCCUGUGCCAACAACAAGAUCCAUGAUGAGCUGGAAGAGACCACCUACGAGAUCGUCAUAGAAACGGGCAAUGGAGGCGAAACCAGGGAGAACGUCUGGCUCAUCCUGGAGGGCAGGAAGAACCGAUCCAAAGAGUUUCUCGUGGAAAAUUCUUCUAGGCAGCGGGCCUUUAGGAAGGGGACCACAGACACGUUUGAGUUUGACAGCAUCUACUUGGGGGACAUUGCCUCCCUCUGUGUGGGCCACCUGGCCAGGGAAGACCGGUUCAUCCCCAAGAGGGAACUUGUCUGGCAUGUCAAGACCAUCACCAUCACCGAGAUGGAGUAUGGCAAUGUGUACUUCUUUAACUGCGACUGCCUCAUCCCCCUCAAGAGGAAGAGGAAGUACUUCAAGGUAUUCGAGGUUACCAAGACGACAGAGAGCUUUGCCAGCAAGGUCCAGAGCCUGGUGCCCGUCAAGUACGAAGUCAUCGUGACAACAGGCUAUGAGCCAGGGGCAGGCACGGACGCCAACGUCUUCGUGACCAUCUUUGGGGCCAACGGAGACACAGGCAAGCGGGAGCUGAAGCAGAAAUUGCGCAACCUCUUCGAGCGGGGCAGCACAGACCGCUUCUUCCUGGAGACGCUGGAGCUGGGCGAGCUGCGCAAGGUGCGCCUGGAGCACGACAGCAGUGGUUACUGCUCAGGCUGGCUGGUGGAGAAGGUGGAGGUCACCAAUACCAGCACCGGCGUGGCCACCAUCUUCAACUGCGGCAGGUGGCUGGACAAGAAGCGGGGGGAUGGACUCACCUGGAGAGACCUCUUCCCUUCUGUCUGA